UUCAAUAACAUUCAUUUAAAAUCGAAGCGACAAGCUACAAAUAAUUAACUCAAUACUAGGACAACCAGUCAUUUGUUGUAAACAAUCUUUUAAUUUUUUUAUUUGUAUCAAUUUGGUCAAAGAAAAAAUGAGCGACUCAGAAAGCUGUCCUUCUGACGUGGAGGAAGCCGCAACGAAUGCAGUUUCAUCAUUACUGCCAGAAAAGUCGCGAAAAAAUAUGAACAAUCUUAUGAACGCUUUAUUCAGUGGUGUAAUCGGAAGAGUGUAAAAAACGAAACAAGUGAGAAAGUUUUACUGGCGUACUUCGGAAAUAUGUCCAAAAAGUACAAAUAGUCAAGUCUUUGGGCUUUUUAUUCGAUGUUACGAGCAGUAAUAUCUAUGAAAAAGAAUGUUGACAUUAGCAAGUAUACUCAAUUAGUCGCUUUUUUAAAAAGACAAGGUAAGAUGUAUAAACCGAAAAAGUCUAAGGUAUUGUCGAAAACCAACAUAGAAAAAUUUCUAAGAGAAGCGGACGAUGUAAGUUUUUUACUGGCUAAGGUUGUGUUGAUUAUAGGAAUUGCUGGAGCGUGUCGCAAACAAGAGCUGGCCGAUUUGGUUUUAGGAGAUGUUAAGGAUGAUGGCCAAGUAUUUUGUAUUAACAUUCCGUACAUAAAAACCAAUGUUUCGCGUGAAUUUUAUAUAAUGCCUGGAGGUUUUGAAGGAAUAAAUAUGGUCGAAAUAAUUCGAAAAUAUAAGCACUUACGCCCCCAACACGCCGAUCACGAAGGAUUCUUCGUUGGAUACAGAAAUAAAUACCUUUGGUAGUAUGCCAUAAAAAAUUGCAUUAUUUUUAAAAUUUGAAAAUCCUGAAGAAUACACGGGGGACAUUGCUUCAGACGAUCAUCAACAUCUUUGUUGGCGGAUACGGGAGCAGAUCUGUUAACUGUUAAACGACAUGGCGGAUGGAAAUCCAACACUGUUGCAGAGGGAUAUAUAGAUACUUCAUUGGAAAAUAAAAAACAAGUAGCUCAGAAAAUAUUAGGUGAACAACGUACAAGAAGUAAGGACAACAGCAAUCAACCUGUAGAAAUAACAACUAAAAAUUCAGCAACC